CCCACCAGGCCCCUUCUCCAACACAUGUCGACAUGAUAUUUGGGUGGGGACACAGACCCAAACCACAUAACCAGGGCACUGGAGAAACACAGAGGUGAAAGAACAAACCAAGGAGUGAGAUGGAGAAGAAGGAGGACUUCCUGAAAGAGAUGACAUCCGAACUGGGUCCUGAAUAGAGAUUAGACAGGGGAGGAGGGGCAGCUAAAAGUGGCCCAGGCAAACAAAGGGCCAGCAGAUAUGUUCAUGGGAUGAUGUGUCUCUUGUUGUCUGUUUAACUCAAGGUGAGUCUCUCUCUCUCUUUCUGUGUGUGUGUGUGUGUGUGUGUGUGUGUGUGUGUGUGUGCAAAUGUAAUAUACCAAAUGGUCAAACCUGUGCCCCAGGAGAGGGGUAGAGGAAGAAAGAAUGAGAGAGUAAGAAGGAGGAAUAGACACAGAAAAUGAAAGAAAAGGGGGGAAAGAAAAAGAAGAAAGGAGCCAGGGGAGAGAAGCUGGUUAGCACUGAUUGGAGCAAACUGUGUCAUCGUACUUGGGAAACUCAAGGAUGGAUUCUUGGCAAGUUGACUCUUGGAGCUUUCCCUGUGCUUGUUCCUGUGCUCAGAUAUGGAAAAAUUAGAGGAGUGUCAUCUGUGCAAUCACUGAAUUCAUAAUUUUGGUGAGGAAAGGAGACUACACACAGGAAUAAUGUUAAGUAUUACAAAUUUGGGGGCAGAAAGAGAUCAAGGUGGGCUGCAAUAUUCAGAAAAGUCUUCCCGAAAGAGUUGAAUACUGAGAAAGCAGCUCCUUGAAGCGGACUUUGCUGAGGUGGAUGGAGUCCUGUGUAGGUAUCAACUGGGUGUGCUGUGUGGGGUCUGUCUCUCCAUGGCUGACAGUGCACAUGUGGAUUCCAGGACUCAGGAUGUUGUUGCUGGGAGCUGUUCUACUGCUAUUAGCUCUGCCCAGUCAUGGCCAGGAUACCACAACUCAAGGGCCCGGAGUCCUGCUUCCUCUGCCCAAGGGGGCCUGCACAGGUUGGAUGGCAGGCAUCCCAGGGCAUCCAGGCCAUAAUGGGGUCCCAGGUCGUGAUGGCAGAGAUGGCACCCCUGGCGAGAAGGGUGAGAAAGGAGAUCCAGGUCUUAUUGGUCCUAAGGGAGACACUGGUGAAACUGGAGUAACCGGGGCUGAAGGUCCCCGAGGCUUUCCGGGAAUCCAAGGCAGGAAAGGAGAACCUGGAGAAGAUGCCUAUGUAUACCGCUCAGCAUUCAGUGUGGGAUUGGAGACCUACGUUACUGUCCCCAACAUGCCCAUUCGCUUUACCAAGAUCUUCUACAAUCAGCAAAACCACUAUGAUGGCUCCACUGGUAAAUUCCACUGCAACAUUCCUGGGCUGUACUACUUUGCCUACCACAUCACAGUCUAUAUGAAGGAUGUGAAGGUCAGCCUCUUCAAGAAGGACAAGGCUAUGCUCUUCACCUAUGACCAGUACCAGGAAAAUAAUGUGGACCAGGCCUCCGGCUCUGUGCUCCUGCAUCUGGAGGUGGGCGACCAAGUCUGGCUUCAGGUGUAUGGGGAAGGAGAGCGUAAUGGACUCUAUGCUGAUAAUGACAAUGACUCCACCUUCACAGGCUUUCUUCUGUACCACGACACCAACUGAUCACCACUAACUCAGAGCCUUGUGCCAGGCCAAACAGCCACAAAGUCAAUUAAAGGCUUUCAGUACAGUUAGGAGACUAUUAUUUAGUUGGAGGCCUUUGAAUAUUAUUCAUUCAUUCACUCAUUCAUGUAUUCACUCAUUCAUCAAGUAACUUUAAAAAAAUCAUAUGCUAUGUUCCCAGUCCUGGGGAGUUUCAGAAACAUGACCAGAUAACUGAGUAGAAAGAA